UUAGAGAGAGGGAGAGGGAGAGAGAGGGAGAGAGAGAGUCAGACAUUACGCUCGGGCUCGGUGCCAAACUGCACACUACCACAGGUGUGUAACUGUUUAGGCAUGCUAGUUAGUAACCUUGGAUAAUAUGUGGGUUUGGACCUAACCCUCCAGUCUCUCACUGUGGGAACAGCAGAAGGGGGUCAUACUAGCUUAUAACCAGAGCACUGAAGCCUAAGGAGCUUUAGUCAUGUCCUCUACCAGAGCUCUGGAGGUGGUGAACAUCCCGUGGAGGAACAACAACUUCAGCCUGCUGAGUAAAGAUGCGCCGCUAUCUGACCAGGGAGACACAAUCAUUGGAGUUUACCUGCUGCUGCUCGGUUGGCUGUCAUGGUUUGGAAACAGUAUAGUGAUCUUUGUCCUGUUUAAGCAGAGGGUGACUCUGCAACCCACAGAUUACCUCACUCUUAACCUGGCCAUAUCGGACGCCAGCAUCUCAGUGUUCGGAUACUCCCGCGGCAUCCUCGAGAUCUUCAACGUGUUUCAGGAUAAUGGAUACCUCAUCACCUCAGUGUGGACCUGCCAGGUGGACGGCUUCUUUACUCUCCUCUUUGGCCUGGGUAGCAUUACCACGUUAAGUGCCAUCAGUGUCACCCGAUACAUAAAGGGAUGUCACCCAAGCAAAGCUCACUGCAUCACAACCACCACUGUAGGCAUGAGUAUCCUGUUUAUAUGGAUUUCAGCUGUAUUCUGGUCUACAGCUCCACUGCUGGGCUGGGGAAGUUACACAGAUCGAGGGUAUGGUACCUGUGAGAUUGACUGGGCCAAAGCGAAUUACUCCACCAUCCACAAAUCCUACAUCAUCACCAUCCUGAUCCUUUGUUUCUUUGUUCCUGUAUUGAUCAUGCUGUUCUGCUACGUGUCCAUCAUCAACACUGUGAAGAGAGGCAAUGCCAUGUCAGCAGACGGAGACUUGACUGACCGACAGAGAAAGAUUGAGAGAGAUGUCACCAUAGUUUCAAUAGUCGUCUGCACAGCAUUCAUCCUGGCUUGGUCUCCGUAUGCCGUGGUGUCCAUUUGGUCCGCAUGUGGCUUUCAUGUACCCAGUCUGACCAGCAUCUUCACCCGGCUCUUUGCCAAGUCUGCAAGCUUCUACAACCCACUCAUCUACUUUGGCCUCAGCUCAAAAUUUCGCAAAGAUGUUGCUGUGCUGCUGCCUUGCACCCGACAUCGCAAUGAUGCAGUCAAACUCAAACGCUACACACACAAGGCCAAAGGAGAUGAGCAUCACAGGUACAGAGCUGAGGGACAGGAUGAGUGCAUUCUUGCUUACCAAGAGGCCAAGAAGGAGCUCCAGGCAGGAGAGGAGUCUGUAAACACUGUGCCCAGCCCUCAGUCCAGUACGUGCAGCAACCCUUGCAUUCCUCCUCCACUCAGCAAGCAGGUGCAUUUCAUUCAGAUACCCCAAACAUCUGAAACCCUUGAGUACGAGUCUGACAGACUGUAGAAUGUAGUUAAUCAAUCUGUAACUAUUCCGUUUUGAAUUUUAAAACAUACAAAAAACUUGACUAGUAGAACUGAAAAGCUAUUUUUGUAUAUGAACUGUACGUAACUGAUGAAAAAAUGAAAAUUAAAAGAUUUGAUGCAAUUUUUUUACCUUCUCUUCAUCCAUAUGUACCAGGGCUGCACGAUGUUGAAGAAUAAUGCUAUAUGCGGUACGAUAAUGCUAUAAGUUUGUAAAAUCAAUUUCAAUUAUAUUUAUAUAUUUAAAAACUGAAAAGGACAUAACCAACAUACGUUUCAUGUUCUUUUGAGGAAAAGAAAGCAUUCUCUGCCAUCUGCAUCACCCUAAAACUUUGACUUUUCAUAAUGUUUUGAAGUAUUAAAAUCAUUCAGUUAUGGCAAUAUUCACAUUUGUGAUAUUUCAUUGUGAUAUUUCAAAUUGCAUUGUGGGUAUGUAUAUACCUAUACAUACCCACAAUGCAAUUUGACUACCUGUGGAUAGUGGUGCCAUUGGGAUUUAGCCCUCGCUUCAUCUCUACCUAAAGAGAUCGAUGCAGCAGGGCUUUAGUCCUUUAGUCCAGCUCUCUCACCUCCUUAUCUGUACACUCUGCUCAAACAGAUCAGCUUCCAAAGCUUCAACUUUCAUGCUAAUACCACAGUCAAAGCCAACGCGCUCGUCAUCUCGCAGAUUGCUAACUAGCCGAGCCAAGUCUUUGUCAUAACUCAACACAAAUAUAUCAUAUUGCUACAGUACAGUCUGGUAAUUUGAGUCCAGUGUUGGCUGUCUCCACGACAUCUAUGCUGGAUUUUUCAUUAAUAUGACAUUGAAUGUUGCUGGAAAACUAUGAGUGAGAAAAGAAACUAUUUUAUUUUUAGGAGCCAACAGUGAAACUUGACCGUUAUCCCCCAUGAUUGAGAAUGUUGAAUUUUUUAUUAACAUUGUUUCUACACUUGCAGUGUCCCACUGUGACGUCAGUGUAUCAGAUAACUGCUACCUGCUCACAGAAUAAUGAAAAUACAGCACUGACUGACAAACUAGUUCCAGAAUCACUAAACACACUGCAAAUAUUUCAAUAUAAAUUUAUUUAAUGCAUUUCAUUUGCUUUACGUGGCUUUUUCUCUCACUUCAUACAUUAUUUUAUGAAACUUUUGGUCAAGGUUCUUAGGCUGUUAUUUAUCAGGGUAAUUUACGCAUCUACACAGCACCUUUCUCCAGCUGGAUUCAGGGUGUUUGACUGAAUGAAAAGAGUCAGUGAAGCAUUUUCUGUCAACUGAAAUAACCACUCUGCUUUUUCUAAUCGAGAUCAUAAAUGCUUCAAUUCACAACUCAAGGGUAAACAUUUUUGCACAUUUUAAAGGAGAGUGGGGUCACUUGUAACACUGUCACUGACUCGAAUCAGCAACAAACUAGUGCUGACACUCACUCCGCACAUGCUCAGUAGCAUCCUCUGCCUGCUUCUAGAAGAACUGCAACUUAACCACCACUCGGAACAAUUUACUGACAGAAGUCAGGUUUAAAUUAUGUGUCCAUUUUGAUCACUGUCUGGUUGACUAUCAGUAAGCAGUGAGCAUAGAUGACAAUGCUAAGCUGGUUAGCUAGCGUGUCAGAUUUCAAGAUAGUUGACAGUUUGGAGUCAGUUGCAACAGCAUUACCAAUACAAGUUUAUAAGAUAUUUAACAAAACAGAAAAAAGAUUCUACUUACUUGAAUAAUUCUUUCCAUCCUUGGCAAAACUUCAUGGCACAUGGAUGAAGCACAAAGACCUGAGCAUAUUAUUCCUGUGACUGACAUAUUUGUGUAUCAUGCUGUGCCCAACAUUUAUGCACCCAUAUAAGAAUAUAUAUAUAAAAUAGAUAUUUUAGCUGUAUGGUUCAAACAUUAUACUACAUGAGUCCGUUACAUAAUAAUUAUCAAAUUAAAAAAAAAAAAAAAAAACCUUAAUGAAUU